AUGUUGAAACCCACCGACGGAGAGCUUCACCGAAUCUGCAGUGUUGAAGAACACUAUCCAGCACCUACUGUCAAAGCCUUCGUAAAGUCGAGGCGAAUGACACCGGCGGAAGCUCCGGAUAUCACGACCCAAAUUGGUCAUCUCCUAGAAGCUCAGGUAGAACUUGGUUGA